UUUUCUCCUCAGUAGUCGUUGACCCACAUGCAGUUCAUCGAUGCUCCACGCUAUUGUCCACAAGUUUUCCCUCUUGCUCUCUUUAAUUUUGCAUUCUUUAUGACGUAAUUUGAAAGAGCUGAUAUCAAUUUGUAAUUUUUAAAUUCUCUCUCUGGUAUGAUAUCUGUAACAACUCUCCAACCAUCUUAUCUCCUCCUCUCUGUCUCUCUCUUUCUCUCUCUCCCUCUUCUUGAUCCAUUCUCAAACCAGACAGAUAAUCAGGUGUUCACAGAAAUUACAGAGAGAGAGAGAAAUGGGGUUUGAACUGUUGCUUCUAACAAUGGUGCUUCUGUGCUCUGCAGCUAAUUACAGUGCAGUCUCAGCCGCCAGCAACACCUCUACAUGCCCCAUGGACAUGGGCUAUGUGGAAAGAGUCCCAUGGGACUCCUCAUCGUGCUCGAGCUUCCCAAGGAACAACACCAACUGCUGCCAGACUCUGCUCAGCCUCUUCGGCAUCGCUCUGGCUGUACGCCUCAAGGAGACCUCCCUCUUCCAGCUCCCCGACAUCCCCACUUCCUCUGCCUGCAUAUCCGACUUCCAGUCCAAGCUGGAUUCUCUGUCUCUCCCUUCUGAUCUCGCCUCAGUCUGCUUCAGCCCGAGCCAGUUCGUUGCAAGCCACCAACUCUGUGCCGGUAUUAAUACUAAACAAGACUGGCUCGGCAAGCUUGGGCCCUCCACUGCACUCGACACGGCGUGUCAAUCCGAUCUCAGCAUCGGCACCGCCUGCGAUGCCUGCGUCGCUGCUGGGUUCAAAGUUCAGGCCAGACUAGUUUCCAUCGAUGGCAAUAAAACCCAUUCCGUUGAAUGCUUCUAUUUCACAAUUCUCUAUGCUGCUGCCUUUGUGAAUGAGUAUGGACCCGAGAGCACGCGAGCUGCCUGUAUAUUUGGGCUGCCACUGGCCAUAUCUACAGAUAGCAAGAAACACUCGGCUCUUGUUUUCGCCUUGACUGGUGCUGGAACUGCUGCUUUCCUUAUGUCUUGCUUUCUGGGUCUGUAUCUCUGGUUCAAGCGGUGGAGGAGGAGCGCGGCUAAUUUGGAGGAGACCAGCUCCAAGCGCCGGCUGCGACCCAACACUGUGUCAAUCUGGUUCAAGAUCGGGGAGCUUGAGAAGGCUACAGAUAAUUUCUCACAGAAGAAUAUGAUUGGACGUGGUGGAUUCGGUGUUGUUUACAAGGGGACCUUAUCAGAUGGAACUCCUGUUGCUGUGAAGAAGAUCAUAGAAUCAGAUUUUCAAGGGGAUGCAGAGUUCUGCAAUGAAGUUGACAUCAUUAGCAAUUUGAAGCACCGGAAUCUGGUCCCCCUCAGAGGCUGCUGUGUGGCUGAUGAGACCGAUGAAGAGAGAGGAAAACAGAGGUAUCUUGUGUAUGAAUUCAUGCCCAACGGGAACCUUGAUGAUCAUCUCUUCCACCCAUUCAGUGAUCAUAGCAAUAGUAGCCGGCAAUCUCUCAGUUGGCCUCAGAGAAAGAGCAUAAUCUUGGAUGUGGCCAAGGGGCUUGCCUACCUGCACUAUGGGGUGAAGCCUGCAAUAUAUCACAGAGACAUCAAGGCCACCAACAUACUGUUGGAUGCAGAUAUGAGAGCAAGGGUGGCAGACUUUGGACUGGUCAGGCAGAGCAGAGAAGGGGAGUCUCAUCUCACCACCAGAGUUGCUGGAACACAUGGCUAUCUGGCUCCUGAGUAUGCUCUCUAUGGACAGCUGACUGAGAAGAGUGAUGUUUACAGCUUUGGGGUGGUGAUUCUAGAGAUAAUGUGUGGGAGGAGAGCACUUGACACAUCUUCAGGAUCACCAAGAGCAUUCCUGAUUACUGACUGGGCUUGGACACUGGUGAAAGCAGGAAGGGUAGAAGAAGCUCUGGAUCCAUGGAUGCUGAAAGAUGGGGACUCUACCAAUUCCUACCCCAAGGGGAUCAUGGAGAGGUUUGUGUUAGUUGGAAUUCUGUGUGCUCAUGUUAUGGUAGCUCUGAGGCCUACAAUUUUGGAAGCACUCAGGAUGUUGGAAGGAGACAUUGAGGUUCCUCCAAUUCCAGAUAGGCCGUUGCCCCUGGGCCAUCCCUCUGUUUUCACAGAUCGAAACGCUUUCAGUAUAUCACCCUGCCUGAGUGGCCCUGUGCUCAACUCAGGGGACAUGCUCAGGUAAUUAAAUAGACAAGGAAUUCUUGUGAAAUUCAUUAUUAUUAUUUUUUUAUUUGCGAAGGGAUAAGACCAGACGCUUAAGUUCAUGGCAACCGCUCAUUCCAGGUGACUGAAAUUAGCAUUCUGUACAUAUUGAGAUUCAACGUUGAGUGUUUUCUUUUGCUAGCCACUUCAACUAUACUUGAGUAUUCACUUCCAAAAUGAUGGAUCUACUUAUUCUGAUUCCAAGAUAUCAAGCUUUUCUCAGAAGGGUUUUUGAAUUAGUUGCAGAGAGACAUUUAGCAGUAGUGGAUUCAUAUCGUAUUCUUGGAGAACGACAGUACUAGUCUACUAGAGAUGAGUCAUAUGAUUGUAAUAUUCUUCCCUCUGAUGCAUUUCUGCAUUCAGCCUUGUACAUAUUUUUUCUCGACAAUGUUUAAAUAGGAAAAAUUUGGUAA